CUCCUCCUCCUCCGUCGCGCUUCUGCCCAUGGACUCAUCCCUCCCUCCCUCCCAUCAGUCUCUCUCUGUCGGCUCUACCUUGCAGAACCAGUGGAAGCUCUUUAACUAACCGGGAACCUGCCAGCUGCGGUGAGAAGGAGCUGCUGGGGAAGGAAGCGGUGCUUCAGCGGCUGCUGUUGCCUCCCUCUCUGCAGCAGGAAGGGUUGGUUUUAUUUUUUUCCUCGAGGAGCUCCUUACAGCCGCUUAAAUUAACCACACACCUUACUGGCCAGAAGAAAAAAACAACUAAAGAAACAAAAGGAAACCGAACUGUUUAUUUUAUUUUCCUUAUUGCUUAAAGAGAUGGCAUCGAACGACUCGCGGCUACAUCAGCCCCCUCCUCAGAGAGACGCAGCCGACCAGAACUUUGACAGCAUGUUCAAGCUGCUGAUCAUCGGCAACAGCAGCGUCGGGAAAACCUCCUUCCUGUUCCGCUACGCAGACGACUCCUUCACCUCUGCGUUUGUGAGCACCGUGGGCAUCGACUUCAAGGUCAAAACCGUCUUUCGCAACAACAAGCGGAUCAAGUUACAGAUUUGGGACACAGCAGGACAGGAGCGCUACCGCACAAUCACCACAGCCUACUACAGAGGAGCCAUGGGCUUCCUGCUCAUGUAUGAUAUCAGCAACCAGGAAUCAUUCAGCUCCGUGCAGGACUGGGCGACACAAAUCAAAACCUACUCCUGGGACAACGCUCAGGUGAUCCUGGUUGGCAACAAAUGUGACCUUGAGGAUGAUAGGCUGAUAGCCACAGAGGAUGGCCAACGGCUGUCUGAUGAGCUCGGCUUUGAGUUCUUCGAGGCCAGCGCUAAGGACAACAUCAACGUCAAGCAAGUGUUUGAGCGUCUCGUUGACGUCAUCUGUGUCAAGAAUGCGGAGAUGGAGGCAGGCGCCGACCAGCCACCCAACAAUAAGGACCUGGACAUUAAAGACUCUCAAGAAAGCCACGGUGCCUGUGCUUGCUAAACCUCGCUUUUUUUUUUUUUUUUUAAAUGAAGCCUCCAAACACACUCUGCCGCUCCCACAUACACCGAUAACUUAUAUGAAGAACAACUUCCACUCUGUGCCUGAACCCUGGAAGUGCGGCACCUCUCCUUCUGCUUUGUUCAGGCAGCCAGAGGGCAGCGAGCUGAGAUGUCUCCAACAGGGCUGUAGUUUCCCCCAUGAAGAUGUUUGCUGUGUCUCUUUCUCUCUAUUUAGUUUUAUAACUGUGUAUUGAAACCUUUCCAAUCUUCAGUCCAGCAUUAUCCUCGCUGCCAGGAAGCA